GUUGUCUUUUUUUUUUUUUUUUUUUUUUUCCCGGUCGGAAACGUGCCCAGUGUAGGUUAGAGCGAUAUUUCAGGAUAUUUUCGAUAGAAUAAGCUGGAAAUUGCGAUGGGCGACAAUGGUGAUGGUGAUAAUAAAUGGAGGAAGCGACACGAUGCGGAGCGACAAUAUCUAAAAUCACGUGCCUAUCAGCCACAGACCCCACAUAUUCCGUGCCACACGCACAGCCACAGGAGCAGCCGAAUUCGGGAGUCAGACAGCAACCAAGUGUUUGAUAUUUCUUCAUUGAAAAAUUCAUCGAAGUAAUA